CGGGGAGAGGGUGAGCGGUGCCGGACAGCGGUGGGCGGUGGGCUGAGCCUCCUGGGCACCGCGGGCUCGGGGAGGAGGAGGAAGGAGAAGAUGCUGCUGGGCAGGGAUGUUGCGGCUGAGCACCCAUCUGCCUAAGGAGAACAACAUCGUCCUCCGAGGGGAAGGAAGAAAGUCGGGGGAAAGCGGCCGAGCUCGCACAGAGCCCGCUGAGCUCUCCCCGGGACUGCCCGCCUGACACCCCAGCAAAGUUUCCUGAGCUCGGUAACGAGAGGGGAGGAGAGAUGUGAGAUCCUUCUCCCCCCAGCGCACAGCUGGGCUUCCAGCCCCGGUUCUGCUGGGACUAGCCAUGGCUUUGUCAUCCCCGACUGAAGAGUGAAGGGGAGACCCGGGGCACCCGCUCCCUCCAUCGCCUUCCCUGUCUCCACGCUCCAGCCCAGGAUCUCAAGGUAACAGGAGACUGGAACUGACCUUCUCAACACAGCAUUCACCCUGUGAGGACUGAAGUGACCUCCAAGACCCUUCCCAGCAUGUUCAGUGAAAAGAGCAGUGGCUCUUUGUCCCAAAAACCCACCCAGAAAAAGACCCGACCCCAGGGCCUCCCCUCCCCUGCUCUCUGCUGCGCCUGUGGACUCUGCAUCAUGCUAGCAGGGAUCAACAUCACUUUAGUGGGAGCAUUUGCCUUUGGGACCUUCCUCCCUGUGAACAACCCUCCCAUCAUCAUCGGACCCAUCUUGUUGGUGGUGGCCUUCACGUUCUUCGGUGCCUGCUGCAUCUGCAGCCGGAGGCCCCCAGCCCAUGGGGCCCGGAAAUCCAAGCCAGGUUCUAACAUUGGCCUCAUCAAACCUGGCAACACAGCCUUUGAAAUUGAAACCAGCGAGCACACGGUGCAGGACACCACUGCUGUCCAGCUGAGCCCCACCAAUUCCCCCAUCUCCUCCAAAAAGUCCACACCGGUUCAUGAGAACACCAAGACCUGCAAACUCUUCACCAUGGAAGGCAAUGGGCCAGUGGCCAAAUACACCACAGGAGGAGAGGCCAUACAGCUCAACCUGCCCAGGGACCUGGCCACAUCCUAAACCUGGGCAAAGCUUUUGUCAGCAGCCAGCCAAACCUUGCAAUGGGUGAGCUGGAAAGGUACCAUCAGUCAGAGGUGUGGGGAAGGUGCUUGUGAAAAGCCAGCAGACAGUCGGGUCUCUCUGAGCUACUUUAAGGGAGAUGGAUGCAACAGCAGAAAAAAAAAUAAAAUCCAGGUUUUUGCUGAAAAAUGCUCAUUAUACAGUUUUAAAAGGAAAACUGAUAAUGAUGCUGCUGUGAAAAGAUGACUCUCAGUUCCUGGAAAUACGCUGCCAUUUCUGGGGAGCAGAUAGAAAGAGGGGAAUGAAUUAAUUUGUCUGACACAAUGUGGAAAUGUGACAGUUGGAAGGAGAGGCUACAUGGGACUGACAAAUGACAGCUUUUUCUUCUCAGAAGUGAAGCAAUUCUUGGACAUAAAAGAAGCAGGAAUGCAGUAAAUUACAGCUUGCUGCCACUCAGUCACAAGAAGAUUUCACCAUUUUUAGUGCCAGACCUUUUGGCAGUAGGGACAAAGCAAUGUGUUUGCUACUGAAAAGGCAGUAUGAAACCAUCUCCCCUCUGUUGAAAAUUCUUGUCUCAUCCUGCCCUCAUUUGGGUGAUUUUACUGCCCAUUCUAAGAGAAGGAACCACAAGGAUCACAAUUAGCACUGGUAUUUUCCUCUCGUGGUAAUGAGUUUGAGCUGCAGCUGUGCUACUCCUCACAGUAUAUUUCUUGGAAGAUCAGUCAGGCUGAACCCUUGGGGAUAAGCUCCUGGGGUAACCAGAGACUAAGAGGAGCCAGCAAAUUAAAUUUUUGGGCCAUGAUUAUGUAUUGAGUACCAGGCAACUUCCUUCCCAUGUUUUUGUGGAAGGUUGGCGUGGGACACACAUCGGGGCAGGGCAUAGAUAACUGUAUGGGCUUCAGAAUAGCUGUGCUGGAAGGUGGUGACUGUACCUCCUUGCCUGAAGGGACUGUGAGAUCCAUCACCCAGGAGUGGAUCCUUGCUGCAGGAAAUGGGCUGCUCAGUGUGCUCAUGGGCUUGCAAAGCAGUGGGAUGAGUUUACAGAAGAGAAUUUAUCAAAAGCUGUUCCAAGCAAAGACAUCCCCUCCGCCCCAGAAAGACCCUAAUCUGAUGGAAUAGUGCUGCAAAGGAUUUGUGUUCUUCUCUGGGUUACUCUGGCUGGGAACACAGUGCUGUACUGAUGGGCUUUGCCUCUGACUCCUGUUCACGUGUGGGAUGUGGGACCAGUGUGGGGAAGGACAGCACUGCUAGACAGGACCUGUGUGUGAGGAGGCAGCAGCAGGAGAGUGGCUAUCAAGUAGGAAUGGCUGCACAGGUCCUCUGUUCAUGGAAACUCUGUAUUUGAAACUAAGUUUUUGGAACUUUGAAUGACAAGGAAGUCGUCUGGACCAUACUCCACUGACUCCACUACAAUGGCCCAGCUAGCCCAGAAUCCAGUUUCUGACAAGGCUGAGAGCGAGGUCUGGAGUAGAACAUAAAGACAGGGGAAAACCAGGAUGUUGCCUGCCCAAAGUGCUUUCCCAGCUUCCAAUGUGCUAUUGCUUAGGAACUUCCUGAGCUGGAAGUGGUGCCUGUAUGUAGUAGCCCUGAAUGGAUUUCUUCUCCAUGAAAUAAUCCAUUUGCACCUUGACUGUCUGUCAAUCCUCAUCAUUUGUGAUCCUGCAGCAGAGAGCUGCACACUUUGGCUUAUUUUCAUCCUGCAUUCUACUACCUCCCUUUGAUGCCCCAAAUUUCCCAGGUUAGAAGGGUCAGCAAAAAGUCCAUGCCCUCACCACCACUCAGGUUUCCUGAGAUGUGUUUUCCAUGCCACGUUCCCUUCAGUCAUCUCCCUCUUACAGUACUUUACAUCUCUUGUAGCCACAGGGAGGUAUUCAGCCCAGCAUCAGCUGCUUGCUUGGCUGAGGACGACACAGCCCAGAGGCUUUAGCCAUCAGAAAUGUGUGUGGAGAGAGGUGGGAGGGCUGAAGGGGAAAUGCUGAGGGAGAGAGAGGGGUUGUGGCAUGGCCAAGGCUCCCCUGUGCCACCAGCUACCUCUGUGAGGCCGGGCUGUGAGACCCACAUGGAUGCUGUGCCAUGGACCACAUGUGGUCAUGAGGGAGCUGGAGAGAAAAGCCACAGUGCUGUACAGGUCAUGCAGGAGGUGUCCUGGUUGCUCUGGGGAGCCACUGGGCAGCUGAUGGUCCCUGCAUGAGCCCAGGUAGGAUGACAGGUAGUCAGCCUGACUUGAAAUAAUUCCUUGACGAAAGGUUAACCAAACACUCAGUCUUAAUGUGAGUCCCUGAGUGCUCCAGCUGUUUGCUGCCUUCGACAGCUCCUUCUCCACCAAGGAAUUAUAUCUGUGGUUUUAGCAGGGCUGGUCUAUCCUGAUUAGGAGGAGAAGGAGAAGAAGCGGGUUUGGGAGAAGGAUGUUUGUGUGGGCUUGGGUAGAUGUGAGCUCAAGUUCCCAUGUGAAUAUGGUUACUGCAGGACUUCUCUUGGAGCACUUGGAGCCAAAAAAUUAGUAAAAUCAAGUUAUAACCAUACAACUCCUUUCUUUGUUCGCUGAAGCCUUGAAAGCCAAGUCUGGAGAGCAUCCUGAAAUCCCUCCUUACCACAGCUGCCCUGUGAAGUGCUACCAGAGAUGGAUAACACAGUGGCUGACCAAGAGAUGACAACCAGCAGAGCUGGUACCUGGGCAGGCAGAGGGGUAGGACCAGUGAGAUGCUGAUCCCCUGGUGUGGUGGGCCUGCCCACCAAGCUGUGACCCCAGCUGCCUGCCUGCCCAGCAAGGUGGCCAUGAGGACGUCUGCUGCCUUCCUGCUCUUGCCUUUUUCUGUCUUUUGUAAUUUCCAUGUCUGUCUGUUCACCCCCAUGAGCAGCUGUGACUGAUGUUGUGAAUCUCGUGCCUCCUUGUGUAGUGGGAGAUAGAGAGAGUCCCUUGUUCUCCAUGUCAGCAUUUCUGGUGUGAGUAUUUUUUUAAAAAAUUGCUAUUCUUGUGUGUGCAAUGUGGAAUUUGGAAAAGACAGACACAUUAAAAUAAUUGCACUCAGAAA